UAUAAUGUGGACCCGGGAAAGCAAAGCCCAAUAAGAAACCGAAAGGAAAGAAAUUGAAAUUUGAAAAAGGAAUUAGUUGAAGAAAUAAGGGAAUCCAAGGUGACUUGUGGGUGGAGAGUAUGAUGGGGAGUCCCGGUAUCCGGUAAAAAAUAUAUAAUAUAUAAUAUUAUAUACAUAUUAUAUGGAAACCAUCUGGGACCCACUAACCCCACCUCCUCACUCAAUGACUUUUGCAUUAAAAGCUGUUAAAGGUCAACUCUAUCCCACUGUCUCCAACUAAUAAUAUCUUGUCCUCUCUCUCUGUUCCCGAUUUUACCGAGUCCUCAAUCUAACGGCUAUUCUCAACCCUUUUGACCUUCAUCUAUCUCUCCCACAAAAUUUUAAAACCCUCCUCCCAACCGGUUCACCCUUUUCCUUUUAAACAGAUGGGUCAAACCUGCUGACAAUUUCCCCAUACGUGGACUCUUUUCAUUGGCUCCAGGGUUUGACGGCACACGGACCAUGAUCCACCCGUCACUUGCCCGAGAUGCCAUCAGUUUGACUCCAAUCCUUUCCUUCCCCUUCCCCCAAAUUCUUUUUUCAUCUUUCUCUUCUCUUUCUUUCUCCCUUUUGCUUUCCUCGUCACCAGUUUCCUACAAUUUCAUUUCCUUUUCUUUCUCAAUAUAUAAAUACUCUGUCCCUUCUCACCUCUGUUUCCAUUCCAUAUGCUCCUUCUCAACAAUAACAUGGCUGUGGACCUCAUGGUGGGUUUUGGGGAUGCUACAACUUCUUCAAGUUUCACGCCCAACAUGGAAGAAAAUGCCGCUGUUUCUGCUGUUCAAGAGGCCGCCUCUGCUGGGAUUCAAAGCGUUCACAAUUUCCUCCGAUUGAUGUCCCAUACCCCUAAUCACCAACACUCCCAAGACGAUUCUUCUACUUCCACUAUUCCUAAUGGAUACGAAGCCGUCGCCGAUUCCGUCGUUAGUAAAUUCAAGAAGGUUAUUUCUUUGCUCGAGCGGAACAGAACCGGUCACGCCCGUUUCAGAAGGGCUCCGGUUCUUACUACUACUCCGCCGCCUCCUCCUCCCCCCAAGGUUAAGCCGCAGCAACAAGAUCCGAGUUCGUCGUCUCCGAUUUCAGUCCCUCACAUUCAAGUAAAGAAACAAGAAUCAGUGUCUGCUUUUAAGGUUUAUUGCCCGACGCCCUCCCCUGUUGUGCGUUUGCCUCCUCUGCCUCACAACAACCCCCAUCAGCCUUCACAUCCACCCAAUACCUUCCAAGCCCAGCAAAAUACUUCGUCGGUGGUACACAAAAAUGGGUCUGUAGAUAGAAAAGAUGCGACUACCACUAUCAAUUUUGCAGCCUCACCCCCGAUUUCCGCUGCAAAUUCGUAUAUUUCAUCGUUAACCGGAGACACCGAAAGCUUACAGCCAUCUCUGUCAUCUGGGUUCCAGUUCACCCACAUGUCCCAGGUCUCUUCCGCCGGAAAACCCCCUCUUUCAUCCUCUUCGCUAAAGAGAAAAUGUAAUUCCAUGGAGGAUUCCGCCAUGAAGUGUGGCUCAUCCUCCGGCCGGUGUCACUGUUCCAAGAAGAGCAGGAAAAACAGAAUAAAAAGAGUUAUCAGAGUUCCCGCCGUUAGCUCAAAACUAGCCGAUAUCCCACCAGACGAUUACUCCUGGAGAAAGUACGGCCAAAAACCCAUCAAAGGCUCUCCUCAUCCAAGGGGAUAUUACAAAUGUAGCAGUCUAAGAGGCUGCCCAGCACGGAAACACGUAGAACGUGCCUUAGACGAUCCAACAAUGCUGAUUGUAACUUACGAAAACGAUCACAAUCACGCCCACUCCACCGAAACACCUGCAGCGCUUGUUCUCGAAUCAUCAUAAUAGUCAACUCAUCCAACGGCCACAAAUCUCCAUCAAUAUUAUAUUAUAUCAAAAACAAAUAUAUAUAUAUAUAAAUAUAAUUUGGAAGAAACCUACAGGUUCAAAUUAUAGGGACCAAUAGUCAACGCUGCGGCUUGGGCACCGUCUCCAAGAAGAUUAGUGGGUGCGUUGCGCUGUCUGUCCGUGUCUAUAUAGAAAAUUAGGAUAUUGCCCCCUUUGUGUUUCUCUCUCUUCUCUCUCUCUUAUGAAGUUUUUUUUUUUUUUUUUGGGUGUUUUUUGGGAUUUGGAAAUUAGAAGGGUGUGGGAGUGGGAGAGGGGGAAAGGCAUUGGACGGUGGGAUUUGGUGGGUGUUGAGUCACGCUACUAGUGGGGCCUUUGUUUUUAUAAACUUUCAUAUGCUCUCGAAUAUUAAUAUUCCUUCAGAUUUUUUUCUGAUCA